AAUAAUCCUACCUUUGGUUAAGAAAAUCCCUCGUUUUAAUAAAAUAAAAUAUUGAGUGUUUGUCAAAAAUUGUACUAAAUAGAACUGCAUUGUAGGAAAGUAUAUUGUGAACGAAAUUGUUCAAAAAAGAACAAUUGAACCAAAAAUGCCAACACUGCCAAUUAUAGCACCUGACAAGCCGAGUUAAGUUUAGCACCAACUGCUUACAGCAUAAAUUUUAACGACGCUGUGUGUGGUACCAUAAAUUGUUUGGAUUAUUUCUUUCUUACUAAACAUUUGUGUUCUUUUGCGUUCCUUUAUUGAUUUUGAAACUAAAAAAAUUUAUUACGCAUUGUAAAAGCUGUGGAAAAAAGGAAUCGUUUAUUGAAGUGAAAUAGCACGGUGACUACAGUUGUAGACGCCAUCUUAUAACUCGUAAGGCUAAUUACGUGAAAAAUCGCCGUACUUGAUCAAACAUUUUGACUGACUAAAAAUUUUGCUAAAUGAGCUUGAUUAAUUUUCUCAAUUCGAAGCUUAAACCCUCUGUAGAGUGCGAAGCGCUAUGUGAGGAUGGUUAUUCUGCGAAUAACUUAAUUGCAGAUGACGCUGAGCAGCUGUCACGCGGUUUCAUGGCAUAUGCCGUCACCAAGCCGCCAGUUGAAAUUGUUUUCGACUUCCCCAAAGCUGUUGAAGUGAAGGUCAUCAAGCUGUGGAAUAGCAAUGGGUCUCUACGGUCGACGGCCUUUGAGCUUCACGGUAAGUUCGAGGGCAUUUGGGAACGUGUUGCUUAUGCGCGUGACCUUGCUGAGGGCGUGGACUCGGUAACUUUUUGCUAUCAAAGCGAUUAUAAUUCUCGUAGCAAUGCAGAAAGUGCUGCUAAUCAAGCACAAAGCGUUAAGGCAUUCUUCUUUAAGACAGCACAUCGUUUACUUUCAAAUGCCAGCAGUCUCAAAGUUAUAGUUUGUGCUACUAAGCGAAGUCCACCAGUUUUGCGUAAAAUAGAAGUAUGGGGCCUGCCGUCGCGAUUGUUAGAAAAAGCAGAUCGAGAGCUAGUUAAAACCAUCUGGAGCGAAAUUGUAAACCCACAGGGUUUUCGCACACAGCAAGGUCGGGGUCAGCGCUCGCCUUCACGUAGCGUACCGGAGCUAAAUGAUUAUUCUACUCUGAAAAUACCCGAAGAGUUCCUUGAUGAAAUCACGUGGGAGCUAAUGAUUUUUCCUACCGUGCUUCCGUCUGGCAAAAUUGUAGAUCAAUCGACUAUCGACAAGCAUUCUGAAGUGGAGGCCAAGUGGGGUCGACUGCCAUCGGAUCCAUUUACUGGCCUUGAA